AUGGAAAGCAAGCCCAACUUUCGUUUUGAGGCUGGAGAGCUGGUGCUGAGGCCGUCUAAGAAGGCAGCCCCUCUGGAGAAAGUCCACCUUUCACAGGUGGCUGAAGGGGUGCCCUUUGUACCAAAGGUCCCUGAGGAUGUGCUGGAGGAGGCCAAGGUCAGGGUUAUCCAUGGUGGAGGGUGUCCCUUUGAUGACCUGCUGCUGGAAAGUCAAAGUGCCAUCCAGUUUGGUCAAUACAGAGGCAAAACCUUCAAGUGGAUGCUGGAGAACGACCUUGGUUACUCCCUCAUGGUCCUGUCUGGACAUCAGCGGGAGCGCGAGGCUGGCAGAUUGGACAGAGGUGCCCUCAUGGCUAACAAAGAUGUCUUUCUCAAAUAUGCCUGCACAUUUGAGAAGGUUGCAGAAGCCAUCAAAGUGCGCAGGCAGAGAGAGGGAACAAUACCUCUGGUGGGCUCUGGGUUCUACAGCAAGAACACCUUCAAGGAGCUCUAUGAGGCCAAGGACAGGGAGAGGAAAAGCUAUGUGGAUUUCAUCAAAAGCAAGAAAACCAGUGCAGGCAGCAAGAUGGAUGCCCUGAAGAAAUACAUCUUGCAGAGGGAAUGGAAGAAAAUUGGGGCUAAAGAGAGAAAAAAGUCAUCCUCUGCAUCUUCUGCAUCCCAGCCUGUACCGCACCCUUCACAUCUGGCUUCUACUCCUCCCACCCAAAGCUCCCUUUCCCAGCCAGCUGCAGUACACGAAUCUGCCCUCUGGACCCGCAAAGCUGUGUUGUCCAGGUCCUUUGAAAGCCUCUGGCGGAAUUUCUUCCGCCGUACCUGCUCUCUUUCUGAAAUUACAGGAGGCCAACUCUGUUGUUUUGCCAUCUCAGAUAGUGCUUAGGUCAAGCUGUCAAUAAUUCACACUGUGGGGCCACAACAAUUAUACUCAGAUAAAUGGGCGGGCCACAGGUGCCCAGGUAGCCGCAGGGGGGCCAACAGAGAAGAUUGGCCGGGAUCUUUUGCGCAAUGGCAGUCCACAUCUUCUCUUUCUGGUUAUGAUAUUUCAAAUGAUUAAUGUUCUAAGGGAAUUAAAAAUAUACAUAAUUCAUUUACUGACACCAGAGGCAAUCCAAGAAAAUCAGAAGGAAAGAGCAUAGGCUAGAAGAAAAAUCGGACAGGCAAUAAAAAUAAAGAGACCUCAGCAAUUGUGUUCUUCUACUGAUAAGGAAACAGAUUUGGCAAGAUAUGGAGUAUGUAUAAAAGCAAUAAAACCAAAAAUAUAACAGAACACAGCAUUUCUCACAUAAAAUGUCAGUAUGAAAUGUCCCACUGCUAUGCCCUGCCCUGCUCCAUCAUACCACAAGUUGACACUUUCACUUUCAUUACCCCAGUCUUUACAAACACUGUGCAUGUUGUGGCCAUCUAUUGGGAAUAAAGAUCAAUAUCACCUGUUCUGUUUCAGCCUGGUUCUACAAAUGAUUAUUUAUUUGAUUUCAUUGUAUAUAAAUAAUGCUCAUUGAUUAAUUUGUGUCAGGCACUAUUGGGGCACUAUUGGCCCUAAGUAAAGUAAA